AUGGCGGACGUGAGGGGGGAGCCGCCGGCGAAGCGGCCGUGCCUCGGGAAUUGCGGGGCUCCGACGAAAGCGGCCCAGACAAAGCCGGGCCACGGCAACGGCAGGUCCCACAAGCCCGACACCCUGCUGGACAUCAGCGCCAAGAAGGUGGCGGAGAAAUGGCCCUUCGAGCAGGUAGAGGAGCGAUUUUCUCGAAUUCCAGAGCCAGUUCAGAGGAGGAUUAUUUUCUGGUCCUUCCCCAGAAAUGAGCGAGAGAUCUGCAUGUACUCAUCACUCAGCUAUCAGUGUCAAGAAGGGGAGAAGGAUGGUGAAGUUCCUUUCAACAAAGGGCUGAGAUUAUUGGAAACAGGAGCCAUUGAGCGUGUACUGCAAGUAGGGUUUCAUUUGAGUGGAACUGUGACGGAACUGGCCAGCCAGGGUGAACCUGAGAAAACAUACAAAGUUGCUAUCAGCUUUGACCGUUGCAAAAUUACCUCUGUGACGUGUGGGUGUGGUAACAAGGACAUCUUCUACUGUGGCCACGUAGUGGCACUCUCUCUGUACCGUAUUCGGAAAGCUCAGCAGGUGGAACUGCGCCUCCCCAUCUCUGAAACGUUAUCGCAAAUGAAUCGGGAUCAACUGCAGAAAUUUGUGCAGUACCUUAUCACGGCUCACCACACAGAGGUUCUUCCCACCGCACAGAAACUGGCCGAUGAAAUUCUGUCUUCGUGUUCCGAAAUUAAUCAAGUUCAUGGUGCUCCUGAUCCCACAGCAGGUGCAAGCAUAGAUGAUGAGAACUGCUGGCAUCUAGAUGAAGAGCAGGUACAGGAGCAGGUGAAGGUGCUGCUGUCCAUCAGUGGGUACUAUGGAGCUAGCAAACAACUACAUUCCAUGUUUGCUAAGGUACGGGAGAUGCUAAGGAUGCGAGAUUCCAACGGGGCUCGUAUGUUGACACUAAUGACGGAGCAGUUUAUGGAAGACCCACGCCUCUCACUGUGGCGACAACAGGGGACGGGAAUGACUGAUAAAUGCCGAGAGCUGUGGGAUGAGUUAGGUGCUCUCUGGGUGUGUGUAGUACUAAACCCUCAUUGUAAGCAGGAGGAGAAAGCUGGCUGGGUCGAGCUUCUCAAGAAGUGGAACAACAUGGAUGUCUGCCCACAAGAAGAUGGUAACUAUGGCAAUCAUGUCAACGAAACCCCGAGUAUCACAGCUGGUAUACAACACAACUCAAAUCGAAACCAAGUUGGAUCACGGAGAACUGUUUUUGUGCGUGCAAUAGAAGCCUGUGGCCUCGAUUGGAAAGACUGUCACCUUCGCAAAAUUAUCAGCAGCGACAACUAUACAAACCAGUGGCGUGAUGGAGACCGGUCGUUGUUUGACUCCCAGGGGCGGCCUCUUUGGCUGGAGCAUGUACCAACUGCUUGCGCCAGAGUGGAUGCAUUGAGGUCCCAUGGAUACCCCAGGGAAUCUCUUCGUCUGGCUGUGGCAAUCGUCAAUACUGUCAGGUUACAGAAAAGACGUCAGUUGGAAACGUACAAGCAACAGAAGAAAGAGCUAUUACAGAAAGGUGUAACCACAAUUGCAAAUCAAGAAGGUUGGGUUGGACAUCCUCUAGAUCCGAUCGGGUGCUUGUGCAGAACGUUGCUCGAGGCUUGUAAAAUGGACGAUGAAAGCUCUGUGUUAUUCACAGAUUCGAUAAAUGAUAUUCGGAAGCCGAUCUAUCAGCACUUUCCAGUUCCUGGCAGCAGCAACACUGGAGAGUCUUAUUAUGCACUUGCACUUGAAGUGGCACUAAUAGGAUUAGGCCAGCAGAGGUUAAUGCCAGAAGGACUCUAUGCUCAGGACAAAGUGUGUCGGAAUGAAGAACAGCUUGUAUCAAUGCUGUCACAAAUGGAAUUUGAUGAACGGCUCGUUCAAGUAUUGCGAAAGCAAGCUGUCUUAUUACUGGAAGGAGGUCCAUUUAGUGGCCUGGGGGAAGUUGUCCACAGGGAAAGUGUUCCCAUGCACACUUUUGCAAGAUAUUUGUUCAAAGCUCUCCUGCUUCAUGACCCUGAUCUGGCGUACAAAGUGUCUUUGAGAGCAAUGAGGUUGCCAGUGCUGGAAUCAAUGGCCCCAGCUGGGGAUGGUUCUCACCCACAUCUGGUAGCGUUGGUGGAUCCUAGUCGUUAUCCACGUUGGUUCAUCCUUGGGCACCUUGAAACGCAGCAGUGUGAGCUGGCAUCUACCAUGUUGACAGCCGCAAAAGGAGACCCAAAGUGGCUGCGAGUGGUGUUGGAGUCCAUUCAGCAAAACAUCCAUUCUCCAUCGCUCAUUUACAAGCUGGCACAGGAUGCUUGCAAGACGGCAACACCUCCCAACUGUGCACCUGACAUUACACUCCUCAAUGUAUCUCUGGAGCUCGGGCUACAGGUAAUGAGAAUGACGCUGUCAACCAUGAAUUGGCGUCGCCGUGAGAUGGUGCGCUGGCUGGUGAGCUGUGCUACAGAAGUCGGUGUUUGUGCCUUGAUGAAUAUCAUGCAGAACUGGUAUUCUCUCUUCACUCCAACUGAAGCAACUACAAUAGUCGCUGCCACAGUAACCUCUCAUGCCACUGUUCUGCGCCUGAAUCUGGACUAUACCCAACGCGAAGAGCUCGACAGCUGUGCCCGGACAGUUGCACUCCAAUGCACAAUGAAGGAUCCUCAGAACUGCGCCUUGUCAGCUCUGACUCUGUGUGAGAAGAACCACGUAGCCUUUGAAACCGCGUACCAGAUUGUUCUCGACUCUGCUUCCACGGGGAUGAGCUACUCGCACUUGUUCACCAUCGCUCGGUACAUGGAGCACAGGGGCUUCCCCAUCCGUGCCUACAAGAUGGCCAGCCUGGCCCUGGCCCACCUCAACGUCGCUUACAAUCAGGACACUCACCCAGCCAUCACUGACGUCCUGUGGGCCUGCUCCCUGAGUCACUCGCUGGGCAAGAACGAGUUGGCUGCCAUAGUCCCGCUGGUCAUCAAGAGCGUGCAGUGUGCCCCUGUGCUGUCGGACAUUCUGAGGAGAUGCACCAUGUCUGCCCCUGGCCUGCCCGGCGUUCCCGGCCGGAGAAACUCCGGAAAACUCAUGUCGACAGAGAAGGCCCCCCUUUGCCAGUUGCUCAAUGCAACCAUCGACGCCUACAUCAGCACCACACACUCGCGCCUGACUCACAUAAGCCCCCGUCACUAUGGCGAGUUCAUCGAGUUCCUCAGCAAAGCUCGAGAGACGUUCCUGAUGGCUCAGGAUGGACACAUACAAUUUACACAGUUCAUAGACAACCUCAAACAGACUUACAAAGGCAAGAAGAAGCUCAUGAUGCUGGUUCGAGAACGUUUUGGCUGAAUUUCAGGCUUGUUCCUGUUCCCAAGUCUUCCUUUGUUCCAGUGAACUCCUUUCUAUUAAUGAUAGAGCCAAAAUUACAAAGUCAUUCCAUGUGCACACUGUUGGUGCAGCCGUAAAUAGGAACUUUUGAGAGCUGGUUCUGUCCUGGGCUGAGUCCCAACAAGGGCAGAGUUUAGAGCACCCCAUCCUCUGCGUCCUUCUGUCAGGGGUCAAAGGUGCUGGUGUUAGGAAUUUGGAUGUUGUCUUCAAUGGGGUGAGACUGGAAUGGGAAUACAAAACUUGCAAGGUGUGAGUUAUCCCAGCUGAGGGUCCCCAAUCAUUUCACAGACCUGAGCUAAUUUUUUUGUAAAGAACUGUUCUAUUGCAGUCCCUGUUUAGAGAUGGUUAUACCUUGUUAUUUCAGUGGGUGAGGGUAGGAAUCACGAACUCUAAGGAUGGUUAAAUGAUUUAUAGCAGAAUGCGUCCCCAUCUUUCAGUCAAAAGAUAUGAAGGGGUGGACUCACUGGGAAGAGUGCUGUAUGAUUCUUCGCUUUCCUGUGUGACGUGAGCUUGGUCAGACCUGUUUGUAACUCCCACCCCCUGCCCGAGCACCCUUGCACAAACCUUGGUGUGCCAUAGCCAGAAAGCUGCCUGUGUUUUAAUGCUGUUGCUGUGUUGAGAGUCCCCACUCUGAGACCAUGUAACAAAGACUAGUGCUGGGGAUGAGGCCAGUCUUGCACAGGUUCAGUAAAAAAAAAGCUCUCCAGAAAUUAUGGUUCAUCAUUGGAGGAGGGAGCAGAGUUUAUGUCCAUCUCUCUCUCUCUCUCUCUCUCUCUCUCUCUCUCUCUCCCUCCCUCGUGAAUCUAACUCAGUGGGUGAUACUGACACCUAGUGCCAAAAAUGGGAGUGUUCCAUUCCCAAGCAGUGUCCUCUUCCAUAGUUUUGCUCAUUAAUCAGUAUUUUUACACUUUACUCGAGGUUCAACCCACUUUGCAUUUCGCUUGCAUGUAUUUUUUUAACAACUGGAAUGUCUUUAAGUUAUGUCCUAUCGUAAUGCUUCCUGUUAGAGCUGGACUGUGUGAGAACCAGUGAACUAAACCCUUUCCCCAGCCUAACCACCAUUUCCCUAAAUAAGAAGGCCAUGUUUCCUUUUUUGUUUUAAAAAAAGUAUCCAUUAUAUAACUUACAAGUGUGAUUAGUGAGUGAAACAGAGCAGUGAUGUAUAACUGAACCAGCAAACACUGUUCACAAAUGAGACGUUUUGGUGCUGAGAAGUACUAACCAUUUUGUUCCUGCCCAACUUGCUGGUUAAGGACUCUGUUUCUCUUGCAAUGUGUGGCACUCUUCAGAAAACGUAUGGAGCAAUCUUAACAUUUUUAGAGAACCAACAAAAGUGAUGCUGUAAAUUUACUUAACAACUCUGCUGAAUGGAAUACUCUAUCAGACAUACUGUGGUAGUUAAAAUUCUUGUGGGGAAAUACCUUGGUAUUCUGUUCUGUAAGCUUGGAGUACUCUCUACAGGGAAUCUCUUCCCUUUGUGGUUUUUUUUCCCAACCCCCAAGUUAACACAGAGCAACACCGACCAAAAAUGAAAACUUGGAGACACCAGUGAAUUACCACAUGUAACCUACUAUACCAAAUCUCCUGAUGUAUACCUCCUUCCAACACUUUCUCUCUGUCUCUAUCUCUUGCCAACAAACUCCUGCCAAACUUGAAUUUAAAAAAAAUAAGGAAGAAAAAACUAAGCCAUUCUGAACAGGCGAGUGUUUUUUGUAAACCUGUGUGUGCUGUGACUGAGCCCAUUCUCAGGGAAGAAGAAAAUGGUUUGUAAAUAGUAUUUUAUUUGUCAAAUUAAUAUGAAAAAAUUUAAAAAACCUUUAAUUUAUGGAAUAUGUGUAAUAUAGUACUUGAAUUUCUUUUGUGGGCAAGCAGAUUGUCAUCCUUAAAUUUUUUUGAUGUAUUGCACAGCUGUAGGGUUAAACUUAAAACAGCUGCUGGUCAGUUUAAUUGCUCUUGAUUUUUGUACAGUGUAUCCUCAAUUUUUUGUUAAAUAUUUAUUAAAGUUUGUAAAUGGUUUCACUGUUGAGAAAUAGACCUAUUAAGAUGACAAAUUGCUGCGUGUUUUUGGUUCAUUCUCUUAUAACUGUGUUGAAGUGUGUGCAGUGAAUCAGCUAUUAUUAGCUUUAUUUUCCCUGAGUCAGA